CGUGAGGACCCGGGCGCGCCUCUGCCGUCUCCCAAAGAUUUGAUCAAGGAGUAUCGAUUGUCAAAUGCGGAGAGCGGGUUGGGGACGGACUACACCAAACGAAGGAACGUCAUUCGAAUACGGAUGGAGGGGGAGCAAUUUUUGUUGCAGGCGGCCGAUGUGGCCGGGGUCGUGGACUGGAUCGAGGGGUUCCAGGCUGCUGCAAAUAUUGCGCUAGAUCUAGAUGAGAGACCAAUGCCAAAGGGCCCAAUGUUUCCGAGGCGGCGAAGACGACGCGCACGGCGUGCUGAAUCCUCUCAGCCCGAGACAUCAUAG